AUGGCUGCUGAAUCUCAAGUCAAAGAAGAGCAAGUGGCGUCUGAGGUCGCAGCUCCACCUGUUGGUGUUGAUGCUGAUGCUCCCCAUGCUGGUUCUUCGAACGGUGCUACUACAAAAGAUGUGGGAUCUGAAUCUGAAGCUGCAGAAACUGGAGCUACUGAGAGCGAUGACAAAAAGCCCGAGGAUGUGAAUCCUGAAGGCGCUGAAGUUGCGGAAGAUGAUGAAGAGAAUGAAGAAGAGGUCGAUGAAGAAGAAGACGAAGACGACGAAGACAUAGAUGACGAUGAAGAAGACGAGAUUAGGUCCAGAAAAAGACGGAAGAGAAAUCAGUUUUUGGAUGUUGAAGCCGAGGUCGAUGACGACGACGAAGAAGAUGAAGACGAGGAGGAAGCCGAGCUUCUCAAGCAAACCUUCAUCCAAGAUGACCAUAUCGAGCACGAUGAGGGAGCAGGUCCAACCGCCAAUGAUGACAGACUCCACAGAAAAUUGGACAGAUCCAGAGAAAAGAUUGACGAACAAGAUGCGCAGCAAUUGGCCGAAGAACUGAGACAGCGUUAUGGUCGUUCUUCAGCUGCUCGUUACACUGGUUCUUCUUCAGCACAAGUUUCCCAGAGACUUCUUUUGCCUUCUGUUGACGAUCCAAACAUCUGGGGUAUCAGAUGCAGAGCAGGAAAGGAGAAGGAGCUGGUAAGAAGUGUUAUGGGCAAGAUGAUGAACAGGCAGUCGAUUCAGAUCUACAGUAUCUUCCAGAGAGAUAACUUUGAGGGAUACGUCUACAUCGAGGCAAGAAAGCUGGAUGCUGUGAACGAAGUUUUACAGGGUCUGCCGUACGUGUAUCCAAGCAGUCCCAAAGUGCUGGUGCCAAUUGAGGAGUACAAGGACUUGCUGAGACCAGGAAAGUCAUCGGAUGUGCAACUUCUGCCCGGUUCGUAUGUCAGAAUCAAGAGCGGAAAGUACAAGGGUGAUCUUGGAAUCGUUGUUGAUGUUCUUGAAAAUGACCUGGAGGUUCGUUUAAGGAUCGUUCCAAGGCUUGAUUAUGGCAGAUCUGUAUCUCAAACAGUCAUUGACUCCACGGGCAAUGCUGCUGCUACCAAAAAGAGAUCCCAUUUUGAUAUUAAAAGCAGACCUCCACAGAGACUGUUUUCGGAGUCAGAUGCGUUGAUGUACGAUCGUACAGGUAUAUCCGCCAGAUCUGGUAAAAGAUUCACAUACAGAAAUGAGGAGUAUGUGGACGGUUUUCUUUUCAAGGAUUUCAAGAUCCAGAUCCUGGAAGUGAAGAAUGUGAAGCCAACUUUAGAAGAGCUCACCCUUUUCCGCACUGGUGAGGAAGAUGGAAUGGAUCUGUCAUCGAUAGCGAGUACUUUGAAACAGUCUACCGAUUCUCAAAUUACGUUUCAACCUGGUGAUCGUGUUGAAGUGAAAGGUGGAGAGCAGGGUGGUAUGAAGGGACGUGUGACGUCUGCCCAGCAGGAGAAGAUCAUUACCAUCACCAUCGAUGACCCAAAUUUCCCAAUGAUGACUAACACCACCAUUGAAGUUCCGUCAAACAACUUGAGAAAAGUGUUUUUCACUGGUGACCAUGUGAGAGUUGUUCACGGAAAGCACACAGACGAUAGCGGGUUGAUCGUGGAAGUUACCGGAGACCAGGUUACUUUUGUUUCCGAUCAGACAAGGAAGGAUAUAACUGUGUUCAGCAACUACCUGACCGAGUCAAGUGAUGUUUCUGCAUCAGCAAGUCAAGUUGGAAGAUUUGAUCUGCACGACUUGGUGGAGAUCAACAGUGACAGUGUUGGUGUGAUUAUCAAAGCCGAAAAGGAGGCGUUCACAGUUCUUCGUACAGACGGAAGAGUAUUGGUGCUUGCUCCAUCGUCAAUUUCGUCAAAGAUUGAGCUCAGUAGCUACCAGCAAAUAGCCACCGACAGGAACGGUGUCGAAGUGAAGAUAGGAGACGUCGUGAAAGAAGUGAGCGGCGAGAGAAGACAAGGGAACGUGAUCCACAUGUACAGAAGCUACCUGUUCUUGAAGUCCAAAGUCGUGACCGAAAACUCGGGCGUUUUCGUUGUGAACGUGUCUGCUGUCCAGACCAUCUCGACUAAGGGAACCAAUGGUGGAUCAAAGGGCCCAGAUCUGAACAAGAUGAACCCAAACAGGUCCAUGCCACCUCCAUCUCUGGCAACAGUUGUCAGAUUCACAGGAAGAGACCCCACGAUCAACAAACAUGUCACUAUCAGAAGAGGUGGCUACAAGGGAAAGAAGGGUAUUGUGAAGGAUGCAAACGGUGAUACUUGUAGAGUUGAAUUGCAUGCUCCUUCGAAGACUGUUCCCAUUAAAAAGGACGAUUUGAGGUUCGAAGCUAACCCAGGCAACUUUGUUUCCUAUGAGGACUUGGUGAACAACUCCAGAGGCUCCAGAAACUCGGGUACACUCGGUUACAGCGCUGGGCCUCCAGGUGCUCGCCUCAGCUCAGGUGGACCCAACGGCGGUUCUACUGUGGGAUGGAGCAGUGGAAAGACACCAGCAUGGGGAGCUGGAGGCAAAACUCCUGCAUGGGGUUCUGGUGGUAAAACACCCGCCUGGGGAUCCGAGACUUCGUACGGCGGCGCAGGUGCAAGAACGCCCGGUUGGGGUGCUGGUUCAAAAACUCCCGCCUGGGGCUCAGAUACCUCGUACGGUAAUUCAGGAGCGAAAACCCCAGCAUGGGGAUCCGGUGGAAAAACCCCUGCGUGGGGAGGAGACGGAGGAAAAACUCCCGCAUGGGGAGGGGAAGGCGGAAAGACUCCUGCAUGGGGAGGAAGGAGUGCGUACGGUGGAAACACAGAUUACGGAUCGAGAUCGGCCUGGGGAGGUAACGACAGAAGCAGCGGAGCAGCUAGAGCCCAGGACCAUCCUACAGGUGGCUGGGCUGCAAACACUCCGGGGUUCCAAUCGGCCAACACGCCCGGAUUCCAUGCUGCUCCUACUCCAGGUGGUUGGGAUGCUCCCACUCCAGCUAAUGUCAUUCCUCAGACCCCGGCUGUUGGCCUAGAUGAUGAAGAUGACUAUGAUCCCGAGACGCGGACUCCUUGA